AUGACGCAAUUCUUGGAUGAGGAAACUCUUCAAUUGCAACAGAGGCUGUUAAAUGCCACGGAAGAGGAAAAAGAGGUUAAUUGGAUUGCCUUUCUAAUGCUCAAUUGGUAUUUCAGAACUUAUUGCUGGCCCUGAACUCCAAGUAUGAGAUCACGGAUGUUCUCCCUCCUCCGAAUCAUGAGGAUCUCCAUGUUUUGGUCAUGGCUGUCGGGUAUAUGUUGUUGUUUUUGCUGGGAACUUGUGGAAACGUCGCCGUUCUUACGACGAUUUAUCAUGUGGUUGGUCUUUAGAUUUCAUUACUUAAUAUUCAUUGGACCAAGCUUUCUGUAUAACUUUAUUUCAGGUGAGAUCUCGAAGAGCCAAUUUGGAUAACACUUUGAUAUACGUCGUUGUAUUGUCAUGUGUGGACUUUGGAGUGUGUUUAUCGCUGCCUUUGACUGUAAUUGACCAGGUAUGAAAGGGGUUAAUUGCGAUGCGAAUAUCAAGAGCAACUGUAUUGUCUUUUUAUUUUCCAGAUCCUCGGAUUCUGGAUGUUCGGCUCCAUCGUUUGCAAAUUGCAUGCUGUUCUUGAGAAUUUUGGUAAGAUCUUGUCGGCCCUGAUCCUGACAGCGAUGUCUUUUGACCGAUUUGCUGGUGUGUGUCAUCCCCAGAAGAAAUGGCUUCGUUCCACAUCGCUUGCCAUCUGUAUUUUAGUGGGUGGGUGCCUACAGAAGUGUUGAUAUUUUUUGUUUAAUUCUUAUGUUUCUUUUCACGUAAUCCUCCGUUCUUCUGAUGACAGGUGGCGCAAUUCUAAUGCCGUAAAACAUUGGAACCUCGCCUGUAAAUGUUCGGAGACAAUUCAAUUAAUUAAAGUUCAAAUAAGCGAAUACUUUCAGGCCUGGCUGCCUAUGCCCUGGUCACACUGUGUCCUCUCCUUUGGAGUUUCACGGCCAAUGAAGUAAUUCUGUUCGAGAAGGAAACUGCUCCGCAUAAAAUAACCAGGAUGAGAAUCGAGAAAUGCACGAUGAUGUCCAUAUCGAGUACGGUGUUCACCAUGUUUACCGUAUUCUUGUUUGUCUUGUGUUAUUUGGUGCCCUUGUUUCUGGUCGCAUUUUUCUACUCCCGCUUACUCAGUAAACUCAGACAACAUGCCCGACAAUUCACUGUAAGUGGCGCCCGAGGGGUCCCAAUGUUGUGUUCAUUUCAGUCAAGUCAUAUCCCUUUGAUGCGCAUAUCUCUGUACACUCUGGCCGUCGCCUGCUUUUACUUCCUUUGUUGGACACCGUUUUGGAUAGCUACGGCAUUCGCGGUAUAUCUGGAAUAUGCGGGAGAGAAGGACGGAAAUGUGCCGCCCGUCUUUGUGUAUUGUAUGUACUUCAUCCAUGCUUUGCCUUUCACUAACUCCGCGGUCAAUUGGAUCUUAUAUGGUGAGGAAUGAUGUAAAAAAUAUAUGAAAAAUGUUUAGGAGCCUUAAAUAGUCAACUUCAACAUCGGUAUAGGAGUGGACGCAACGCGGAGACAGUGACUCUGGUGGCCAAUGGGAAUAGUCAUUGUCCCACCAUGAAGAGUGUGCAUUCCAUGAACGGACUGGUCUCUCCCAAGGUUAGAUCACCUUAAAUCUGAAAACCAAUAAUUGCUUUUUAGUUCAAUGCCGUUGAAUCUUCCCAAUUUGAUACUCCUCGGACGGCACUCCUUGCUUCGGAUGCGGCCUCUUGUUUGCACAUGUCCAUGUCUAAUGGGGGUACUCAGACUAGACCUUCCAGCUCAACAUUCUCCAUAAAGAAUGAUAUGGUCGAUGCCCACACACAGACAGAGCAAUUGAGAAGAAGUUUCUCCAAUCAGUCCUUGAAUACUGGCUCUACAGAAGGAAUGGACUUCCUGAUUAAGACGACGGAAGAGGCCACUUUCCUAUAG